CUGUUUCUUAAAUGUUUCUGUUCUGGGGGGCCACUCAAUCUUGGCCCUCACAUCCUGUCCCUAAAAUUUCUGGAAGGCUAUGGUACUUGAUAGUCUUACCACAAAAAAACCAUCAUCCCGUAUCAUUCUGAAAGGAGCACAACAGUGGAAACAAGACUGGUCUCUCUUCCUACUGUGAACAGGCUCCUCCCCCCGCACCAUCCGCGUGAGCUACACUUCGGCGACCGAGGUUUCUCCGGGACUGCCGCUCUUCUCCGCCAUGGGUUUCGUUGACAAUCAGCUCAUCAGUCGCUACGAAAGCCACACCAAGAAGAUGCAUCCUCGGGUAGACUGGAUAAAUACUCUGGAGAAGGAAGAUCCCAAAUUCUACAACAGGUACACCUGGAUUUUGCAAAAAGACCAGGACGACUUUCAGGAGAAUGUGGAGAUGCUCCAGAAACGCUAUAACCAAAGUGGAGGGUUUCACAUCGUCCAGAUGAUGAUCUUCUGUCAAGUAGGGGAAGACGGGAAAAGGAGCGGACACUGGCAGUACGGCUACGACGGGCGGGAUUUCCUCAGCUAUGACAUGGGGACCUCCAUGUGGACCGCAAUCGACACGGAAGCCCAGGAAAUCAAGCGGAAAUGGGAGUCGGAAACCGCCAUCAAGCAGCGUUUCACGGGCUACCUGGAGAGCACCUGCAUGGAAUGGCUGCAGAAGAACGACCACUACGGAGCGAAGUCAUUCUUGAGGAAAGAGCCUCCAGUGGUGAUGUUGAGCAGCAGGACGGAAACCGAUGGGAUGGAAUCUCAUGCCUGCCAAGUUUAUGGCUUCUACCCCAAGGAGAUUGAUGCCUUCUGGAGGAGGGACGGGGAGGUCUGGCUGCAAGACACCCUCAGUGGGUUUGUGGCCCCCACCGCGGAUGGGACCUACUACUAUUGGCUCGGAAUCCAGAUCGACCCCAAAGAGAGGGAUCGCUAUCGGUGCUACGUGGCGCAUGAUGGCUUGCAGGAGCCCCUGGAACUGGCCCUGAAGGUUCCAGGAUCCAGGUCCAACCUGUGGCCUAUCGUCAUCGGUGGUGUGGCUGGCUUCAUCGUAGUGGGUGCAGUUGCUGGGAUCUUGGUAUUCGUAUUUCUCAAAUACAAGAAAGGAAAUGAUGAGCCAAAGAAUGAACCUUCUCGUGGACAUAUAAUUGCGACCAGUUGCUGAGUAACCGUUUGAAGUCACAAUGGACCCACUUAGGGGUACUUACAACCUGCUUCCAAAAUGCUGAGGGCUGCCCACCUCUCCGUAGCAUUUAUGGCUGUUUGCAGCUUCCUGCAGUCACAAGACCGUGUUUUACGACGUUUUUGUUGAAAACCAGCAUUUACUUGCAGCUUUUAGUUGUAAAAUUGGGUUGGUCAACAU